CGGUCGCCGAACGGCGAAAUAGCCGCAUAACUGCGUAGUAGUUUACUGCGCAGUAUUGGAGCGUUUACACUUUCCGGCAGUCUUCAGCUCAUGAGAAGUGUUGUUGCAUAGUUGCACAGAAAUGAGUGAUCUUGACAUCGACGUGGACAAAUUAAUAUGUUUAGUUCACGAAAGGCCUGUUUUGUGGGAUAAAACAAUGGAGAUUUACAAGGACAGAAACCUCACAAGAGAAGCAUGGCGCCAAGUUUGUGUCGAGUUUGUUGGGGAUUUCGACAGUAAAACACCUUCCGAAAAGAAGAGUAUUGGUAAGUUAAUUUCGCCAUUAUCUAACAAUGUAAUUUCUCUUUCAGGGCAACAAAUCAUGAAGAAAUGGAACAAUAUAAGAGACUCUUGGAUGAAAACGAAUAGAAAACUCAAAGAAGGCCAAAAAUCUGGUUCAGGUGCUAACAAAAUCAGAAAAUACAUAUAUCACGACGAAUUGAUGUUUUUGAAAAAAAUAUGUGAACAUCGGCCGAGUGAUUCUAGCUUUGAGGCAGAAGAACGCAAUAUUUCACAGAAGAAUACUGACAACCUCCCAGAUAACAGUACAUCAGAGACAUUUACUGAAGAACAGGGUUAUGAAGAAGCAGACGCAGCAGUGGAACAGCAAAUAAGACCCACUGAAAAGACAACCACGCAAAAGCGAAGUGAUUCAGGGACUUCUGUAAAUGUAGACACUUCCACGGCUCAAGGUAAUAAGGGAUUCCGGGACGGCACGGAACCGGGGCUGGCUACCGGCAUGCCGGUGUGCAACCGGGGCUGGCUGCCGGUGUGCAACCGGGGCUGGCUACCGGCAUGCCGACCUGAUGAGGAUGAAGUUUUCUUCAUAUCUAUAACGCCAGCCGUGCAAAAAAUGUCAGCAAAUGACAAACUAGAAUUUCGAAUGGGUGUUCUGGGGUUGAUAAGAGACAUUAACAGAAAAUCCACAAACUUUGAGUUUAAUUCUUUGGCACACUCCUUUUCAAGCACAUCCUCAUCACCUUCUGCCAGUACAUCCUCAUCGCACACUCAAGGAGCUAUUUUAUAUAAUUCUUUGCAUAGUGUUCCAUCAAAUGAAUCCCAUUUCCCUGCAUACUCUUCUCAAUUGCAAAACUAUCCCAACGCAAAUAGCCAGCAAGAUUUUUCCGCAAAUCAUGCCACAUAAUUUUUUUUCUGUUAACAUAUGUGUUUUUCAAUUAUUUUUAAAAAGAAAUGCCAACUUUUUACUGUAUACAAGACUUGAAGUAAUUAUA